GGGGCGCGCGGGCACACGCGGCGGCGCGCAGCACCCCGCGCUCGAACUGCGAGCGGCGGCGAGGAUGUGAGUGAGAAGCAGGCGGCGCCGCUCGCCACGCUGCUGCCGCCGCUGCCCCGGGCCGUUCCCGCUCCGCCGGCACUCGGGGAAGCCGCCGCUGCCGCCUAGACCGGACGGCUCCGUGCGGGUGUCCCUCUUUGGCUCGCGGCGGCGGAUCGGCACGUAGCGAAGUGCGAGCUCGCGGGGCAGCCGCGGCGGGUGGAAGGUGACCCCCCCCACCAUCUUCCUCCGUGCACCUCCGCCUCCUCCCGGAGGAGGAGCAGCGGCGACGGAGAGCUAGAGAGCGCAGGGAAACAGAAGCGGCUAGAAGGCGACCCCCACCCAGCCCUCCGGAGGAGCGGUGGAAGCCGUUCCCACCCCACCGGAGCGGCAGUGGCAGGACCGGGUAGAAGCGGCUCUCUCCGGCGGCAGGAGCAAGCUAAAAGCAGACGAUCCCCCGGCUGAAAGGGGCGACAGGAUCAGGUACAGAGAGCCCACCCCUUGCAGCCCGGGGGGGGGAAGGACGGCGCCAGCCCCUACCCCGGCGGCAGCAGCUCCCCGGCCAGCAGCACCAUGUCCGCCGCGCAGGUGUCGUCGUCCCGGAGACAGUCAUGCUACCUGUGCGACCUGCCCCGCAUGCCCUGGGCCAUGAUCUGGGACUUCACGGAGCCCGUCUGCCGGGGCUGCGUGAACUACGAGGGCGCCGACCGCAUCGAAUUCGUGAUCGAGACGGCCCGGCAGCUGAAGCGGGCACACGGCUGCUUCCAGGACGGCCGCUCCCCGGGCCCCCCGCCGCCGGUCGGCGUCAAGGCAGUGCCGCUCUCCGCCAAAGAAGCGGCGGCGGCCGCGGCGGCCCAGCAGCAGCUGAACCAUGUGGACGCCUCUUCCAAGGCAGCCUCGGCGGGGCUGACCCAGUCCAGCCUGGACCGCUACGGGCUCAGCGCCGCCGCGGCGGAGCAGCGUAGCCGCUUCGAGUACCCGCCGCCACCGGGCAGCCUAGGCGGCGGCCACGGCGCCCGCCUGCCCAACGGGCUGGGGGGCCCCAAUGGGUUCCCCAAGCCGCCUGAGGACGGGCCGCCGGAGCUGAACCGGCAGAGCCCCAACUCCUCGUCCUCCUCCUCCUCUUCCCGCCGCGGGGCGCACGGCGGGCUGGUGUCCGGGCUGCCCCCGGGGGCCGCCGGCGCCCAGAUGAACGUGCCCCCAAACCUGCUGCCGCAGACCCUGCUCAACGGGCCCGCCGCCUCCGGCGUGGCGCUGCCCCCGCCGCACGGGGGCCUGAGCGGCCGCGGCGCCGGGGGGCCGGCUCCUUCCGCCUCCUCCCAGGGGGGCACCUGCGGCGGCGGCGCCGGGGGAGGCGGUGGCUCGUCCUCCGAGGCCUGCGGCAAGCGGCCGGGGUCGGUGUCCAGCAGCGACCAGGAGCGGGAGCUGAAGGAGAAGCAGCGCAACGCGGAGGCGCUGGCCGAGCUGAGCGAGAGCUUGCGGAACCGGGCCGAGGAGUGGGCCAGCAAACCCAAGAUCGUGCGGGACACCCUGCUCACCCUGGCCGGCUGCACGCCUUAUGAGGUGCGUUUCAAGAAGGAUCACGCCCUGCUGGGCCGCGUCUUCGCCUUCGACGCCGUCUCCAAGCCGGGCAUGGACUAUGAGCUGAAGCUCUUCAUCGAGUACCCCAGCGGCUCCGGCACCGUCUUCUCCAGCGCCUCCGGCGUGGCCAAGCAGAUGUACCAGGACUGCAUGAAGGACUUCGGCCGCGGUCUCUCCUCGGGCUUCAAGUACCUGGAGUACGAGAAGAAGCACGGCUCCGGCGACUGGCGGCUCCUGGGGGACCUGCUGCCCGAGUCCGUGCGCUUCUUCAAGGAGCUGGUGGGCGCCGACAUGCUGCCGCAGCCCUACCUGGACGCCAGCUGCCCCAUGCUGCCCACGGCGCUGGUGAGCCUCCCGCGGCCGGGAGCUGGGGCCGGCGGCGCGCAGGGCUCGGCCGCCGCCUCCAGAGGACCCGGCGGCGGCGGCGGUGGCGGCGGCGGGGCGAUGCGCAAGAGGAAAGCCUCCCCCGAGCCCUCGGACUCGGCCGAGGGGGCUCUGAAGCUCAGCGACGAGCAGCAGCGGCAGCAGUGGAUGGCCAGCCAGAGCGAAGCGCUCAAGCUCACCAUGUCGGCCGGGGGCUUUGGGGCGGUGCACGGCGGGGGCCCCCCGCCGCCGCCGCCGCCGCCCCUCGGGCCCCACUCCAACCGGACCACGCCGCCCGAGUCCGCCCCCCAGAACGGACAGUCCCCCAUGGCCGCACUCAUGUCGGUGGCCGACACGCUGGGCAAUGCCCACUCGCCCAAGGACGGCAGCUCGGUGCACUCCACCACGUCCACCCGCAGGAACAGCAGCAGCCCCGUGUCGCCGGCCUCGGUGCCGGGCCAGCGCCGCUUGGCCUCCCGCAACGGGGACAUGAACCUGCAAGUGGCCCCUCCUCCCCCCAGCGCCCACCCCGCCAUGGACCAAGUGCACCCCCAGAACAUUCCGGACUCCCCCAUGGCCAACAGCGGGCCCCUGUGCUGCACCAUUUGCCACGAACGCUUGGAGGACACCCACUUUGUUCAGUGCCCCUCUGUGCCCAGCCACAAGUUCUGCUUCCCUUGUUCCAGAGAGAGCAUCAAGGCCCAAGGGGCGACUGGCGAAGUCUACUGCCCCAGCGGAGAGAAAUGUCCCCUAGUCGGUUCCAAUGUGCCUUGGGCAUUUAUGCAGGGCGAGAUCGCGACCAUUUUAGCAGGGGACGUUAAAGUGAAAAAGGAGAGAGACCCUUGAGUAGGAAAUCCAAUCCCUUCAGACUCCUGAAGAUGUAGAAUUGUGAAUAUAACAAACUGCAAAAGUUAGUCUUAUGUAUAGACAUUAUUUUCGUCGUAUGUUUCUAUAUUUUGAAACAAAGGUAUGUACUCUUCUUCAUUUGAAGGAUAGAGCUGGUUUUUGUUAAACAGAAUAUAAUAUUGUUUGGUUACUACAUAAUACCUGUUCUCAUUUCUUUGGCAGUGUGUUGGCUAGGUACAAAAGUUAAUAGCCCUUAGCGAUUACCUGCUGCUGGUGUGUAUUUUUGUAAAUGUAUGCACUUCUCUGAAAGAAGAAGAAAAACACAAAAGACAAAAAAAAUUUUUUUUUUUUUUGCCAAGGCCAGUGUUGAUGCCUAAAAAAUUGCUACAAAAAUGGUGACAGCUUAUGUUUUACGAGCCCUGAGUGUUAGUCUUUCACUUUAUUUUUUUCGGUUUUGUUUUUUUGUUUGCAAAACGGUGGGGUGGCUCUGGGCGGGAGGGUGUUUUUUGUUGCAAGUUUGUAAGGAAAAUGUUUCAGUUUGUUUCUAUUGAUCUGAACGUUUUUAAUCUUCAUGUGUUUUUUGUUUUUGCUUUUAUUGAUGCACGGAUGCUUUUGAACAGUAGAGCAAAAUGCUGUACAUGAAAAACAUGCUCUGUUUGUCCUUUAUACAUUUCUGUAGUUAACAGAACACUGUAAUGUGCCUUGGAGCUUAGUAAAUUGUAAUAAAUUCAAUUGAUAUUAAUACUUCUUGAGUAGCAAGUUUUAUUUUUCUCAGAGCUUAGGCAGCAUGUGCAAGCCAUGUUGCUUUUUUAAAUCUCCAUUAUACCAAGAGCUUGCAGUUCGUUGUGAUAAUUGUGGCACUUGUACACACAGUUUCACAUACAUGUAGUAAGAUGAUGAUGUUGAUGAUGUUAUCAAACGUAUCUAAAUCUUGGCAUUGUGCCUAUUUACAUUUCACCUUUAAUGUUGCAGUAACAGUUGCUGACUAAGCAUUUUCUGUUUACUGUUUCUGCAUCUCAUUUCCUCCUCCCUUUCACUCCCCCCAGCUCUCCAGCUGCAAACAGUGUUUGCAGUACAGGAUGCAUCCAUUGCGUGCACGAUUUAAUAAGGCUUGAGAUUUGGGACGAAGCCCUCUUUCACAAAAAACCCAGCAUCGUGUGGUUAAUAAUUUUAAUUGAUUUUCAGAGGGUUCAUCAAAGCUCAACAUAAGCCAUAGACUCGUGGUAAGGCAAGACUAUGCAGUGCGAAAAAGGGUAGUGGGAAAUAACAGCUUCUGGAGUUGGUGUUGCAGCUGGUGGGUAGCCACCCUGUGCUGGCAAUGGCUUUUCAUAACUGAAUUGGUGAACAGUUCAGGGGCUGUGUUGUGUUUUCGGGAAAGGAAGCUUCCUUAAAGCACUGAAGUUAAACGCUUUCCUUAUGGUAACUAUCACAUAUCAUUCUUUGUAUAAUUAACUAUUUUAUGUGACAUUGGCAUUUUCUGGAGAUUGAGGAGCAGUGCAGUACCUGUUAGGUGAUCAACAGGCAAAGUAAAUACACAGGCCUCACACUAGCUAGAAAAUGCAAACAAACCUAAUGUGAACUUUGUCCUUUCCAGUGAGGCAAAUGGAGGAAAGAGAGAAAACCUGAAACCAACCCAGCAGCACUGCUGAAAUCCUUUGCAGAACAGCAGAACAUAGAACUGUUACAAAUGCAACAAGAUUAUGAGCUGAAUUUUAUUGAAUAUUAAGGAUCCCCACCCCAGAGAACCCCGAUACUCUAUCAAGAGUUACUUUUUAAAUGUCUGGAUGGCUUGCACUUAAGAUAUUUUUUUCAUUUGGAUUCCAAGUGGAAAGAAUGCUAGGAGCCUUGACACUAUAUGCUUAGUGUGCAUACAGAUCUUUGCUGUCUUGUGUAGGUACAUACUACAGCUGUUUUGGGGGUGUGUAUGUUUUAAUAUGCAGACUUUGGUAUCGCUGUAUCUGUGAUUUCAGACAAUGACUUUGUGUUACAUACACAUUACUUUUUUUCUGCCAAGUGAUAAAUUGGUGCUUAAAAAAUCUCAGAGCAUACUGUUAUGUAAUGAUUUUGAGGGAAUAAUGCAGAAAUAGAAUGUUUUGAGUUAAUUAUUGGAUACAAUAUAUACAUUUUUUGAGUAUGGAUUUGUAUUGAUCCUGUUUUCAAUUAUGUCUAGGUAUGCAGCUUCCACACAGCCGUUUAUUUCUAAAUCAUGAGACAGGGGGACUAAUAUUGUGAGCUCUGGACUGGCAGAGAAAAAAAUUGUACACAUGGAUGAAAUUCAAGUUUAAACCUAACAAGGAGAGAAGUAAUAUUCAUGUGUGAAUUGCAACUGCUGUCAAAAAACUACUGGCUAUUCAACAUUUAAUUAUGUCACACAAGCGUGAAUACCCUGAUUUAUAUAAAUAGAGCCACUCCUGUAAUCUUGAAAUCAGUCAUCAGUAGUUGGAAUUAGAAAGAGACCCGUUUGAUGGAUUUCUUUAAUUGCAGAGCAUUCUCGAAAAGCUCUUAUCAGUCAGAAUUUUGGAAGCAUAAGCCCUCUUGUGAGACUCAUCAGUCUGAUUUUUAGCAUGCAGAGGAAAGGUAAGGGGCAGUAGACAUAGGUGCAAAAUAAGCUUGGAGUGAACUGUAAUACUGCAGUUAAUUAAAGUUAACCGUAGCUACAGGGCAUUUGUUGUAUGGAGGGUUUUUUGUAACCAUGUGACCUUUUCUUUUACUCUGGCUCAUUAAGCAGCCAGUCUGGACAUAUUAGCCAGCACUUCUUUGAACCUACUCCAUAGGUUUUUCUCUUUCUGAAGAUGUCCAUAGCUGACAAACAAGCUGUAACCUUUUUACGAGGAGGAGAAGGGAGCUGCUGAGCAAGUCUCACAUACAGAGAUUCAGCUGAUUUCUGUGUUUUACAGUAAUGCUCCCCUCCCCCAUAUUUGCCAGUUAUUUA